UUUGUAUAUAAGAUUUGCUAUGCAAUUCCAAAACUAAAACAGGAGGAGAGACGGCCCUGCGUCCCAGAGCAAACAGGGAAUCAGAGGUGAAAGGAGAAACAAUGACUUGGAACGAGACCACUAUGGACGGGGAAGGGUUGCUGGUGGAAAGGGACUCCUCUUCCUUUCGGAUCCUCACGGGCUGCUUCCUCUCGCUCCUGAUCCUCUCCACGCUGCUGGGAAACACGCUGGUCUGCGCAGCUGUCAUUCGGUUUCGCCACCUCAGGUCCAAGGUGACCAACUUCUUUGUCAUCUCCUUGGCCGUGUCAGAUCUCUUAGUGGCAGUUUUGGUCAUGCCUUGGAAAGCUGUGGCUGAGAUCGCCGGUUUCUGGCCUUUUGGUUCAUUUUGCAACAUCUGGGUGGCCUUUGAUAUUAUGUGCUCAACAGCCUCCAUCUUAAACCUCUGUGUCAUUAGCGUGGACAGAUACUGGGCCAUCUCCAGCCCAUUUAGGUACGAGAGGAAAAUGACCCCCAAGGCAGCCUUCAUCAUGAUCAGCGUGGCGUGGACUUUGUCCGUGUUGAUCUCCUUCAUCCCAGUGCAGCUGAACUGGCACAAGGCUACAACCACGAGCUUUUUGGACUUCAAUGCCACCUUAGAAGGUGUAAGCAUGGACAACUGUGAUUCUAGCCUAAACAGGAUGUAUGCCAUCUCCUCUUCUCUAAUUAGCUUCUACAUCCCCGUGGCCAUCAUGAUAGUGACCUACACCAGGAUAUACCGGAUUGCUCAGAAGCAAAUCCGGCGCAUCUCGGCUCUGGAGAGAGCAGCAGUGCAUGCCAAGAACUGCCAUAACCCGGGUGGCAACAGGAGCAGCAUGGACUGCCAGCAGCCAGAGAGCAACUUCAAAAUGUCCUUCAAGAGGGAAACAAAGGUGUUAAAGACCCUCUCGGUGAUCAUGGGGGUGUUUGUGUGCUGCUGGUUGCCAUUUUUUGUGUUGAACUGCAUGAUUCCCUUCUGCGAGCCCACCCAGCCGUCCAAGGGAGCAGAGGCUUUCUGCAUUAAUUCCACCACCUUUGAUGUUUUUAUAUGGUUUGGAUGGGCCAAUUCUUCCCUCAACCCCAUCAUUUAUGCCUUCAACGCUGAUUUCCGCAAGGCAUUCUCCACCUUGCUGGGCUGCUACAGGCUCUGCCCCUUGUCUGGCAAUGCCAUCGAGACUGUCAGCAUUAACAACAAUGGGGCUGUGGUUUUUUCCAGCCAACAUGAGCCCAAAGGGUCCAGCCCCAAAGAGUCUAAUCUGGUUUAUCUGAUUCCACACUCCAUUAUCUGCCCGGAAGAAGAACCUCUAAAAAAGGAAGACGAGGAGGGUGAACUGUCAAAGACCUUGGAGAAAAUGUCUCCAGCACUGUCGGGUAUCUUGGAUUAUGAAGCUGAUGUUUCUUUGGAAAAGAUUAAUCCCAUUACACAGAAUGGGCAGCAUAAAACCUGAACAGUAAGGUUUAGUCAGCAAGACCUAAUGGUGUAUAUUGUAAUAAUCUUUUUGGGGAAAAAAAAAAAGAUAUACAAGAUCUUUUUGGUAAGAACCUAAGCUCUAAGGGAGAAAAAUGCACAUUUACACCAAGCCCAGAAUUAAUUUUCCUGGCAUUCAGAGCAAAUUUAACAUUUCAAACAUUUAAAUAAACAGAAAAAGAUACUGGAAAUUGGUUAUAAAAAAGGAUGUUAAACUGUACUGUUCACACUGAGGAAAAAAAUCUACAAAUUUAGAUACAGUGCAGUUACAAAGCAAAUGUUGCUUCUUCUCUGUACAGAGAAACCAAUUUCUAGCUAAAAGUGAGGCAAAAGAUAAGUGUUGAGUAUUUAAAGAUUAAUGUUUACUAGAAGUUAAAAGAUUGCUUUGUCUUGUGAUAGUGGGUGUUAACAGGUCCUAAUUAAUGACUGGGGGAUUGUAAAGGUAGGUAGAUGCCUUCUUAAAAUUAUUUCUGACAAAUAAUUGAGCCUUAUAACGAGAAUGGUUAUUUUUAAAGCUUUGGGAGGUAAUAUGUUGAUACUGGUUUUAUUUAUUUCAUGUUUUAAAUUGAUAUUUUUCAUAUGUUAUAAACAGAUCUAGCUUUAUUUAUGUUAUUUAAGAUGUUUAAAUAAUGGGAUAUUUUUGGAGUGUCAUAACUGCAUUUUGACCAGUCAACCAGUCAGCACUUUAUUACAGGCUCUGAUAGUCUGGAGAGCUGGUGAGGGGAACAGAGGAAUGUUAAGGAGCUCAGCAAGAAAUGAAGGAAUCAAGAGAACUGAUGUUGUGUGGAGUUGGUUUGCUUGUGGGCUUUUUUUUAUUUUUAAGUGGGGUUUCUUUCAAAAGAUAGGACCAGAGUUGACUGAGUUGCGAAUUCUCUUCCCUUACAGAAAUAAAAGAAAUUGCUGCUAUUUAUUUUUAAAAAGUUUCAUGUUACAGAGACUUUGCUAGAAUGUCAAGUUUGUGGAUCUGUAAAUACCUUAAAUAUGACUACAACCUUAAGAAGAAUCCAAUUUGGGAAGGAAAGCUUCUUAGAUAACAAUUCUUAGUAUAUAGUGUUUUGUAUUUAUGUAAGAUAAACAGCUUUCUCAGACUUUUCUUAUUUCAAGUCUUGGAUAUCUUUUCUGAACAAACACACUGGGUUAUAAUGGUAGGAAGGAUGCCAAAACCUUGUUAUCCUGCAGGACCACCUGGACCCUGCUGUCUGUCUGCUCCUCUGUCACAGUCAGAUUUAAAACCUGAGGUCCCUGGUGCUUUUCCCCGGGAGCUGGGAGGACAUUACAGUUUAGUGAUUGCCAUGUCAAUACUCCAAUCGAUAAGGAAUAGUGGCCUCAUUACCAUUUUGGAUUAAAACAUUUCUAAAUACGGGUGGAACUGCAGCCUCCAUCUCGAAAUCCUCCUGUGAACUCCAAAAAAGUUGCCAAUGUUUAAUUAAAAAAUCCUGCUACUUUUCCACUGUCCUUCCCUGCUGCUUUCCCUCUGUAAUGCCAAAAGCAAUCAGUGAGCAUUAGCAACAGGAACGUUGGGUGUUAAUAUUCAGCAGCAUUCAAAGGAGCCCAUUUCUUUUCUAAAUGGGAUAAAAUACCCUUUGGAGCAAAUUUUUCAUAACAUAUAUCAAAACAAAUGUGUUGUCAGAAAAAGAGAACUGAGAGGGAAAAAAAAAUUUAAAGUCUAACAAACUAUAUACAUCCUGCAUCAGGUCUGUGUAUUUAUGUAUUGUGAAUGUUUUCAUAAUUUUAUUGCCUGUAUGCUGCUUUCAUACAUAUAAUAAAAUUAUUUUGUGAACAGAAGGCCAAAUAAAGCAAUCUACAUUGCAUUUGUUAAAUACA